UCUGUCAUAGAAACGAAGAAACAAUAUGGCGGAUGCCGAGCUGUUAAAAAUAUAAGGAAAUGUUUUGUGUGCACUAAUGGAUAAUAAUGGCCCGGGUUAAGAUCAAAUGAUACACGGGUAUUACAAUCAGUUGGAUUCGGCAGCAUUCUUAAGUAAGACAUGCAGUGCACGUGUCUAGCAGUGGAAUGUAGUGCGAUAUUUACAAUUUUCCAUUAAAUAAAAAAAGAUAUAAUCAACAAAGAUGAUGCGUCAAAGCAGGAUUGGCAUGAAUACGCCAUCUCUGUUUGCAUGUGCGGACAAGGUCAAGGUCCCACAGCUUGGAUCUGAGGAUACUACCACUUCCUUGGACCUGAUGAUUGCACGCAGAGGUGGUAGGGAACCAACUACAGUUGUAUUUCGUUCUAAUCAACUUAAGGAUGAACCUGUCCAAAAAGAUUACCUAAAAAAGAUUAGUACUGAUAUCAGAUUUGAGGAAGAUGUGGUUAGAGACCGCUGCUUUCAUAUGCUUCCCUAUGAUGAUAAAUAUUUGUAUGAAGCUCUAACUCCACAUGGUCUAGUGGCACCAAAACCUAAAAUGAAGAUUCCUCCAGGAAGACAUGAUGCCAGGAAUACUGACAAGCGUCAUAUGCCAUGCAAUCUCACUGUUUCUACAAAACCACAAUUAAAACCGCUGAAGAGGAAGAUUAUGGACAAAGCCAUGCAAAUGCAUAAAGAUGCACUAAGGAAAGCCGCACUUGAAGAACAGUUUAAUCCAUCUUUGAAGAGUAGUCAGGAAGAUUUAGGUGGAUUUUUCAUGACUGAAGUGAAAUCACAUGCAGAACUAAAGAAAAAAGAAAAGAAACCUAUUUCUGCUCAAAAGGAGGUUGAUAAACCGUUAUCAAGUAGAAAAGACAGCAGGAAAAGGAACACCAGUUGUGCAAUCUAAACCUGAUAUUGAGAAAAUUGAGGAGCUGCCGGAAGCACCUAGUCCGACAAAGUCUGAGAAAAAGAAACUUGUAGAGUUACCAGAUAUUCCUAUUCUUGAAGAGAAAGACUUUGAUUGGGAUGGGUAUGUUUUGUCAGAGUUGAGUAAAUCAUCAGCAAGCUGGCUUGUGUAUGAGAGGAUGAAGACAGCAGAAGAUAAGGAAAAGAUGCAAGCCAUGUAUGAGGGUUGGUAUGGGAAGCCAGACCACAGUGAACUUAUCAGAGAGGAGAUGGAUGCUGCAGAAAAGGAAGAAAAGCCUGAAGUAAAACCAAAAAAGAAGUGGAAGAAAAAAGAAGCUACUUUGCUGGCAAAGGUUUACAACAUAGAAGGUACAAAGCCUGAAGCAAAUGACCCAUACUCAGAGGAAAACAAGGCUCCAUUCUACAGACAGCCAGCAGGCAUACGCCGUAUCAAGAAAAAGCAGGAGAAAGAGGAUGCAGCUGUGUAUGACUUAAAUGGUGCAAUUAAUGCUACAGCAGACAUCACGAUGAAGUCCUACUCCCCACCACCACUGCCCACCAUUCGCGACUUUGUCAAUCCUGAAGUCGGAGACAAACUUUUCUACACUGAAAACAUGUUUGAGCAGGAAUGGUUGACUGGUGCUGAACAAAUCCAUGACCUGAAAGGUGACAACACUAACAUCUACAUGAGCACAAAGAAUCAGUACCGUAAACAGCUACAGAAUCAGUAUCCUAAGCCUCCAGAGGACUGGUACCCUGAAACAGACCAGGAGAAGUACAGUAUUCACAAACCGGCUGUAAAGAAGGUGGAAAAGGGUCUCCAACGAUGGCACAAACUUCCAGUGGCAUCAGAUGACCUGGAUGGCCGUAUAGUGCCACCUGGGUAUGACCCCGAGUACCACAGGUCACCUGACCCCACCACUCGUAGGAUCACCAGGAAUAACCAGGCUCUCACUCAAGUCAUUGAUGAAUGGAGAGCUAAAUGGCACCUGAGUGGUCAGUUGGCAGACAGUACCACAGAUGACCUCAUAAAAGACAUGGCUGAUAUCCAGACGCAUGUCCGACUGAAGGCCAUAGCAACUAUCGCCAAGGCAGCAGAGAUGCAACGAGCCAAUGCCAACAGGGAUGACUUUGAAUAUGUACCUCAGGAAAACCAGUUCAAUUUCCCAUUGGGAGAUGGGGAGAUUCCAGAGCGUUUAUUAGUAGCGCUGGAAUGUCUGUUGGAGGAUGCUGAACAGCAUGUUCAGAUCGCUGCAGCCAUCACAUUAUACUCCCUUAACAGACCCUCUGAAGAGGCUAAGGCAAUUUUGCAUAUUGCCCUGGAGAGUGAGAACGUAGUUGAUCGCUGGGCAGCAGCACAGUGUCUGGCUCACUUUGGUGUUUGUAACUCCCUGGUUGUAGGGGAGGUGAUCCACCAACUCCUCACCACAGAGGAUACCAUCAAACACGAAAAAGCCAUCUUUCUGCUUGGCAAGCUCAGUCUGUUCUCGCCCCUGGUCCACGGUAUGGUGGCAGAGCAGCUUAACAGCAGUAGUUGGCGACACAAGGUGAUCGCUUGUAAGAUCCUCCCCACACUUAGUGGCACCAUCAACAAGGACAUCACAAACAAGUUGGCUGAUCUAAUGUGGAAUGACUGGCAUGAAGAUGUACGUAAAUCAGCGGCCCAGUGUCUGGGCAAGACCAGCCAUGGUAAAGAAGUCCACGACGACCUUUGUAACCGCCUCCUUACAGGUGAUGAGAUGACGCGUUUGGAGGCCAUCAACAAGAUUGGACAGCUUGGUAUAAUGACUGCCAAACUACUCCCAGUAUUCCUGAAGAGUUUUGAGGAUGAAUACGUGUCUAUACGCUCAGAAGUGUGCAUCACGUGUGGUAAUCUGGAGAUUAAGGAUGAGUUAGUGCUAGAACAACUCCUCAAGCUAUCUACUUUUGAAACCAUUUGGAAGGUCAAGGCCUUAGCAGUUCAAGCUCUGGGUAAGAUUGGUGUGAUAAAUGAGGAGAUCACAGAAACAUUAUUGUGGGCUGUGAGGUAUGAGGAGAAUGCUGCAGUGAGAGCUGAAGCCUGCCAUACUCUCAUGUGCCUCGAACUGAAAACCCCAGAGGUCGCUGAGGUUCUUCAGGAACGAUUCCUGGUAGAGUCCAGUGAUGUUGUUCGAGACGAGAUUGCUAAAACUCUGGAGAUGUUUGGAAUCAAUGCCACGGAGGAUAUGGACAUGGUGGCCCAGAUCAAGAAUGAAGUCCGCAAACUAUGUACACGCAAUAACAUUGCUGCACAAAUCACUAUCAAGGAGAAAGACGACACUAAGCGUGAAAAUUUGGCUCGUAUGAUCUAUGAGUCGGAGAAGGAACUGGAGAAUUUCUUUCGUAGACAUAACCCUUAUAGAGAGGUGAGACUGAAAGCACGCGACAGGAAACCACUCCUCCUUGACCCGUUUCACACCCACAGUUUCUCAUACUCCAGAUUGUGUAGUGUGACGAAAUUUGAACAUGAACCAGAGAAGGAACCAAUGAUGCAGAGAAUUCGGUCAUCCAUGAGUCAACCCAGUAGUCGUUCAACCACACCACAUCAUCGCAUGCUCACUCCGACAGCGGACGAGGAACUCAAACAGAUUCUGUCCCGUGAUGACACGAGCACCUCCCCCGACACAACAUCAGAGAUGGAGUCUACACCAGGGCUCAAGUCACGACCAUCCACAGUUGAUGACGAAUCUGAUGGGGAAUCAUCCCGGCCACGAUCAAGUAGGAUGGAUAAAAUAUCUGAGGAGGCUGACGGUAGCCUCAGUCAAAGCUUGUGUGAGGAAAGUGAGGCUGGAGCUGACGAAUUAGAAAAGGAAAAGAACAUCGAAGAAAAAGAUGGACGUCCGCCAAGCGUUGUCAAAUUUGCCUCAAAUUUGGAAAUUAACGAUAUUCCAUCCAACAAAGAAAAGCUGAGCAUGUCUCCAACAAAAUCUGGGCCAGGUGAUGGAGUAUCCCGACUCAGCAGCAUGGCACCUGGCUCAGAGAUUCGGGCGUUUAGUCGUGAUGCUAUUAAGGAACGCGACAUCAUUGACAGAGAGGCUCGUAAUGGUUACGCUGGACUUGAUGAACGUUAUCAUGAAAUGAUUGAUGAUUUAGACGUUGUGGAUAAUACAUACGAAAUUCUUGUCAGUGGCAGGAGACCACAGGAGAGGAUUCAGGUAAUCACCUUCAUCACUGAACCGGAAGAGGAGGAAAACACGUCUGAAAAAGUGGGGGCACCAGAUCAGAGUAUCACAGUGGAAAAACAGGAACAAAAACAGCCAAAUUCAGAAUCUGACCAAAAACCACUGCCACCAGAGUCGGAUUCGAAGUCAAAACAAGAGACCGAGUCUGGUUCAAAAUUGGUGUUUAAGAAGUAGUGGUAUAAACUCUACGUCCUCAUUACCACCAUGCAUUACUGUUACAAGGUCACAUGACCGCUGUGUUGAGGAAUAAUCACUGAAUAGUUUUAAACACGUAAUGCACAUUUGUUUUACCAUAUACAAUAUCUGGUAAUAUCACCUUAAUUUACCUGAAGUGUGCAUAUUAUAUAUAUUGUAAUAGUAUGAAAUCAGCUGCUGAUUCUUUGAAACAUAUCUGUGAUAUUUUUAACUAUUAAAAUUAUUAAAGUCUCUGUU